AUGUCAUGCCACUAUGACUCAGCUCAUAGCGCCUGUUGUGGUGGUAAGUCUGGCCAGACAACUGAGUCCAGUUCUGACCAAACUUCGCCAACAGAUCAAUCCACCACUUCUGGUACUGGACUUACCCUUGAUAUCAAGAAGAAUAAUAGCACCAAUGACUUUGAACGCUCCGAGCGUGGUAAUUGUAGAUUAUUCAAGCCCAAAGGGGACAAGUUAUUCUCUAAGAUCGUUGGUAAAAAUGGGUCUGCAAUCUGGUCAUCUAAAGAUAAUGAUGACGCCGUAAAAGUUUUACUCAAGGGUAAAGGUAAUAAGAAGAAACAUCUUGCCUUGUUUCUCAAGAGUGGUAAGUUUCUAGUUCUCUACAGGGAUGGUAAAGGAAAGUCAUGGACCGAUAUUACUUCUUCCAAGGAUGAUGUAACAAAAUUCAAGUUCUAUGACGACAAAGACAAGGAACUUGAUUCGUCAAAUUACAAGGCUGACAUUGGAUUUAUGUUUUCUUACAUAGUAAAAUUCAAUGAUGGAGUAAAGUGUAGGAAUAUAAAGUUGGGAGAUAAGGAAAUUUGGAAAUAUGAUUCCGACGCAAGGUUUAGAAAUCUCAAGUUUUUUUCAGUAGAUUUUGACUCAAACGAUUUAUUCCUUAUGAACAAUUACGGCGAACACAAGAGAAUAGAAUUUACUAAGCCAACUACUACUACUCCUUCGGGGCAGACUGGAGCUAGUCCAACUUAA